AACUCUCUUCACUUGGAUUCACUUUGUUCUAACGUUUGCUUAAUAGUCCGUUGCUUUAUUUCACCAGUACGUUGAUUUAUGCACUCUUUUCUUGUUCGAUUUGGGUGCCGAUCUACUAGACCUGCUAGAUCUGGAGCUGCUCAGAUUUCAAAUGAGCUGCAUAGCUUAGAUCUCAAACGUAAUCGUUUUAGGUCUACGGAGAUACUCUUUGACUCCCAUGCGAACUGUGAAUGCACAUACUAAUCCGUCUACAGAUGAGCAUGAUCCAGGCAUCCAGUAUGAUGUGCCGUGGAGAUACCGAUUAACAUCAACUCGAUCUGAAAAUUCAUUCAAGAUUGCGAAAAGCUGGCUCGAUGAGUGUCACGCAGGCAAAAACGAACACAAUACGAAGAAAAGAUGGAGGUCCAGGAGUAUACUACAAACAAUAAGUCGGAAAGCACGACUAGGUCCCAAAAAGCUCAAGCCGGAAAAUCCAACUAGGCUUAUCGAUAUUCGACCUGAUGGUGGAAAGCCUGGAGAAGUCAGACUCGUACAAGCACAAAAUCGUCGACGCAAGUAUAUCGCCUUGAGCUACUGCUGGGGCAAGAUAUCUAACCCUACUUGGACAACAACAAAAUCCAAUAUGAGGGAGCGGAUGAGGGGACUUUCUCUCUCAGAACUGCCGCCAACUCUGUUCGACGCGAUUUCGAUAGCGAACGGGCUAGGCGUGCGAUACAUAUGGAUAGAUUCUUUGUGUAUCGUCCAAGACGACCCAGAUGAGUGGGCACAAGAAGGCGGUCGUAUGGCUGGCAUAUAUCGAGGCUCUGUCGUUACUGUCGCUAUCUCUUCAAGCGAAUCCGCGCUCGAGGGUGCUUUCAACAAAACUUCAACCUCGCAUCUUGAAGAAUUCUCGAGUCUUAUCCGAAUCGAUAGUAAACUGAGUGAUGGACGUUGUGGUCAGCUGUACUUUUACACAUCCUGCGACAAAGGACCUCGUGAGAGGUAUAUACAAACAGGACCGCUGAUGCAGCGAGGAUGGGUCAUGCAAGAACGGCUUCUUUCUUCUAGGAUCUUGCAUUACACUGCUUCACAGAUUGUCUGGCAGUGUGAUCACUGUUUCAAGACGGAAGAUGGCCUUGACCGUGAAGGACCUGCGAGUCUCGGUCCGGGAAGAGACUUUCCACGUGACCUUGACUAUCGUUUGAGCGUGGGUGAGCUGACUUACUUGUGGUACAUGUCAGUGGUAUCAACGUACUCCCACAAGGCACUCACAUACGGCAGCGAUAAACUGGUAGCAAUCAGCGCUGUAGCAAAGGCUCUGUACUCGAAUCACAAGAACGAUUAUCUAGCCGGACUAUGGCGAGCUUCGUUGAUAAGUGGACUAUUGUGGUAUCGAGCCGGUCCUGGGUCGAAGUCUAAAGAAUAUCGAAGUCCUUCGUGGUCUUGGGCAUCUCAGGAUUCGGCCAUCUAUUACAGUAUCCCCGAAGCCGAGUACGUCACCCAUUAUGUCAAUGAGUGCUUUGGAGAUGUUGAGAGCGUUGAGUUCGAAUGCGAAAUCAUCGAUGCCGAAGUCAAUAUUGGCGGACCCAAUGCCUUUGGGACUGUGACUGGCGGUCACAUUCGGCUACGCGCCCCAGUCAUCUCUGCGCGGGUAUUGAAAACUCCUUUUCCGCAGGAGGGGUUAUACCCACGAGACUCUUAUGAGCACGAAUUGAUAUUCUGGGAUGGUUUCAGGCCAAUCGUUGUCCCUGCACAUAUGGAUGAUGAUGAUGAAUUAAAGACUCGCGAAGUGUUAUGCGCAUAUGUCGGUCACAGGCGGGCCUUGAUACUCGCACAAUCAACACCCGGGGUGAGAUCAUACACCAGAAUUGGGUUCGGGGAGACGUCAGAAGGAACUGAAUUGUACGGCACGGAUGUCUUUGCAGGACUUAUGGCAACUGCUCCGCUCGGUAUUGUCACAAUUAUAUGAUCACCUUGAUGCAAGGCAGGUCAGUUGCAGGCCGUGCAAAGUCAUUUAAUCCACGUUUUGCGAUCAGCGAGCAAUGUUUCAGCAGGAAAAAAUAUGAUGUUAUGUAAUACUUCUCGUUAUAUUGCGGGUAAGAUUAGCAUUAGCCUGUGGGGUGAAGAAUGAGGAUGGAGUUGGGUAGUUUGCGAGGUGCGGACGAGGAGAAUACAAUGAGUUUGAGAAUAUUAGGAACACUUUCGCAGUUCGAGAUAAUUAGUGUUCUGG